AUGGCGCACGGCCACCCUGCAGAGGAGGCUGAUACUCCCAAGGACUUUCAGAAACCCGAUUCAGACGAGACUGCACAUGCCAAGGAAGAAAGGGAGGAGGUGAAAGAGGCGGAGCUUCUGAUCCAAAACCUGAAUGAUCUGGGCAUCGGAGAGCAUGUCAGCGAUGAUGAUUUCAAUGCUUACUUUGAUCAGCUACCUUCCAUGCCUCGGAUCUAUCCUGAUGCUGUUAAACUGACCAUUUGA